GCCGGAGCCGCCGGGGGAGAAGCAGAGGGAAAUUACGGGCGUUUAACGUUGCGGAGGGGUUUCCUCGGUCGUCGGUGGUUUCAGAGUCAUAAGACCGGCUGGACAGAGGCUUGGGAAGUAUAUUUCCUUCCUCCUUUCCUUGAAAGAAACCUUGGGCGAUGGUGUUCAUCGGCAGCUAUGGAAAACAGAGACCUUGGUGGUGAUCCUUAAAACAGUACGAUGCCGGACACCAGCUGUUCUGCCACUUUCCCCCCUUGCAACCGGCCGGACCCGGUGGGCUUUGGGUGAUUACCGGAGACAUCCGCAUGAGCAGGCAGGCCAGAUCCAGCUGAUAGCUGUUAUGAGGACUUCGAUGACUUCAGAAAGCUGAGCAUAACAUCAACAGACUUCAAUGAAAGGAAAUAAUAUCACUCCAAGCAACUUGUACAGACAGCUUUUGGUAGCUUUAAAUUAACUGGUUGCUCAACUACAAGAACACAGCUAUUGUUUCUUUCGGCACACAUGGAGGAAAGCAACAAGAUUUGUAACCCUGGCUAAUAGGACUGUGGCUUUCUUAUCAAAAGUAGGAGCUGGGCCAACUGUAAAAUGAUUAUUUUAUACUUAGCCUGAAGGACUUUACCUCUGCUUGAACACUGGACAUAAGCUGAAGCCAGUUUUAAUGAUCUGAGAUUUUGCUACUUGUCCUUUAUUAUUGUUAUUAGCUCUCUUUAACACUUUGAUACUUCAUUUCUUUAAAUUGGAAAUGGGUUCCUGGACUAGAUUGUGGCCCUCAGACUGGGCUGUUCUCAUGAAAUCAUGGCUUAUCUUUUCCCUGGGGCUCUACAUGCAGGUCUCCAAAACUUUGGCCUGUCCAAAAGUGUGCCGCUGCGAUCGAAACUUUGUCUACUGUAAUGAGCGAAGCUUGACCUCAGUGCCUCUUGGGAUACCAGAGGGUGUAACCGUCCUCUACCUCCAUAAUAACCAAAUAAAUAAUGCUGGAUUUCCUGCAGAAUUGCACAAUGUCCAGUCUGUGCACACAGUCUAUCUUUAUGGCAACCAAUUGGAUGAGUUCCCAAUGAACCUGCCCAAAAAUGUCAGGGUUCUCCACUUGCAGGAAAACAAUAUUCAGACCAUUUCUCGGGCUGCUCUUGCUCAGCUCUUGAAGCUGGAAGAACUGCACCUGGAUGACAACUCCAUCUCCACUGUUGGAGUUGAGGAUGGGGCAUUCCGGGAAGCCAUCAGCCUCAAGCUUCUGUUCUUGUCCAAGAAUCACUUAAGCAGUGUACCAGUAGGCCUUCCAGUGGACUUACAAGAACUUCGAGUAGAUGAAAAUCGAAUUGCUGUCAUUUCAGACUUGGCCUUCCAGAAUCUUACAAGUUUGGAACGUCUGAUUCUGGAUGGCAAUCUGCUUACUAAUAAAGGCAUAGCUGAAGGCACCUUUGGCCACCUCUCCAAGCUCAAGGAAUUCUCUAUAGUGCGUAAUUCACUGACCCAUCCUCCUUCUGAUCUUCCAGGUACACAUUUGCUAAGGCUCUACUUGCAAGACAACCAGAUAACCCAUAUACCACUUACAGCCUUCUCAAACCUUCACAAACUGGAACGUCUUGAUAUUUCCAACAAUCAGCUUCGUAUGUUGGUAAAGGGUGUAUUUGAUGAUCUCCACAACUUGAGGCAACUCACUGUAAGGAAUAAUCCCUGGUUAUGUGACUGCAGUAUUAAGUGGGUCACUGAAUGGCUCAAGUUUAUUCCCUCUUCCAUCAAUGUACGGGGUUUUAUGUGUCAGGGACCAGAGCAGGUCCGAGGUAUGGCAGUCAGGGAGCUUAAUAUGAAUAUGCUGUCAUGCCCCACCACUACCCCAGGUAUGUCACUUGUCAUCACCCCAGUUCCAGCUACAGCUAAGCCAACUACAUUAGUUCCCUCCUCAUCAGUUCCUCCCCCAAGUACUAAGUAUAGUCCUCUGACUCCUAUCAUAGUCACACUCCCCACUGUGCCUGACAGGGAAGACAGAGAAAGGGUAACACCUCCUAUAUCUGAGCGAAUUCAACUCUCUAUCCAUUUUGUGAAUGAUACUUGCAUCCAGGUUAACUGGAUAUCUGUUUUUACUGUGAUGGCAUAUAAACUCACAUGGGUUAAAAUGGGCCAUAGUCUGGUAGGAGGAAUUGUUCAGGAACGAAUAGUUAGUGGUGAGAAACAACACUUCAGCUUGGUAAAUCUGGAGCCCAAAUCCACCUAUCGGAUUUGCUUGGUUCCUCUGGAUGCUUAUAAUAAUUACCGAACUGGAGAAGACACUGUCUGUUCAGAAGCCACAACAAAGGCUUCCUUUUCGAACAGUGGCGGCAACAUUCCCUCCAGCCAUGAGCAGACAACUUCUCAGAACCUGGGCUCCCCAUUUCUGCUUGCAGGUUUAAUCGGGGGUGCAGUGAUAUUUGUGCUCGUGGUCCUUCUCAGCAUUUUUUGCUGGCACAUGCACAAAAAGGGGCGUUACACCUCCCAGAAGUGGAAAUACAAUCGAGGCCGUCGGAAAGAUGACUACUGUGAGGCAGGAACCAAGAAGGACAACUCCAUCCUGGAAAUGACGGAAACCAGCUUCCAGAUUGUGUCCUUAAAUAAUGAUCAGCUCCUUAAAGGAGAUUUCAGACUGCAGCCCAUUUAUACCCCAAAUGGGGGCAUUAACUACACAGACUGUCACAUCCCCAAUAACAUACGAUACUGCAAUAGCAAUGUCUCAGACCUGGAGCACUGUCAUACGUGAUAGUAAGGGGAGAUGGGGGUGUAAAGGAUAAAGAGAAAAAACUCUGGAGAAAGUAACCCUCACAGCAAUGAAAAAAUUACAUUUGAUAAAUGUUAAACAGAUGCAUUUAUGCAUUUGAAUACUCUGUAAUUUAUACGGUGUACUAUAUAAUGGGAUUUAAAAAGUGCUAUCUUUUCUAUUUCAAGUCAAUUGCAAAUGGUUUUGUAACUCUUUGCUUUUUAAAUCUUAAAAAAAUAUUGCUAAGUACUGUACAGGGUUGUACAAUAAGAACCCAGUGUCAAGGAAAAGGAAAGAAUGAUUCAUUCUUCAAACAUUAACCA